AGAGAUAACAGAGAUGUCUGCUGACAAGAAGCAAUCUUCUUUCCUCGUCGACUUCAUGAUGGGCGGUGUCUCCGCUGCGGUCUCCAAGACCGCUGCCGCCCCCAUCGAGCGUGUCAAGCUCCUCAUCCAGAACCAGGAUGAGAUGAUCAAGCAGGGUCGUCUUGACAAGCGUUACGCCGGUAUCUCCGAGUGUUUCUCUCGUACCGCCAAGGACGAGGGUGUCAUCUCUCUCUGGCGUGGAAACACCGCUAACGUCAUCCGUUACUUCCCCACCCAGGCCUUGAACUUCGCUUUCAAGGACUACUUCAAGAAGAUGUUCGGUUUCAAGAAGGAGCGUGAUGGUUACUGGCCCUGGUUCUUCGGUAACCUUGCUUCCGGUGGUGCUGCUGGUGCCUCUUCCCUUUUGUUCGUCUACUCCCUCGACUACGCCCGUACCCGUCUUGCCAACGACGCCAAGUCUGCCAAGAAGGGUGGUGAGCGUCAGUUCAACGGUUUGGUCGAUGUCUACAAGAAGACCCUUGCUACCGACGGUCUUGCUGGUCUCUACCGUGGUUUCGGUCCUUCCGUCGCUGGUAUCAUUGUCUACCGUGGUCUCUACUUCGGUCUCUACGAUUCUAUCAAGCCCGUUGUUCUUACCGGUAACCUCGAGGGUAACUUCGCUGCUUCCUUCGCUCUCGGAUGGGCUGUUACCACCCUCUCCGGUGUUGCUUCCUACCCUCUCGACACUGUCCGUCGUCGUAUGAUGAUGACCUCCGGUGAGGCCGUCAAGUACAAGUCCUCCGUCCACGCUUUCCAGUCCAUCGUUGCCGCUGAGGGUUUCAAGUCUCUCUUCAAGGGUGCUGGUGCCAACAUUCUCCGUGGUGUUGCUGGUGCUGGUGUUUUGUCUCUUUACGACCAGGUUCAGCUCAUUCUUUUCGGAAAGGCCUUCAAAUAAGCGUAGCGCGAAAAGAAAGAGCGUUGGGGAAUUUGUACGAUGG